AUGCCUCAGCCAACAGAUAAAACCACAACAACAGACGACCUCGAAACCAGAUUACCCCCAGAAGAAGGCGUUCAAGGGUGGACCUGUGUAUUUGGCUCAUUUCUUGCUCUCUUUUGCACAUUUGGAUUUCUCAAUGCCUUCCCCAAUACACAAAACCUCCCUCCGAACCUAAUAUCUCCCCCUCCAUCCAAUCCAUCCAGCAUCGGCGUCUUCCAAACAAUAUACCAAAAAGACACACUAAGCACCUACACCCCAUCAUCCAUAUCCUGGAUCUUCGCCGUCCAAAUAAGCCUAAUGUGGGCCCUAGGCCCCCUCUACGGCCGCAUCCUAGACACAUACGGCCCGGCGCCCGUCCUCUACCCCUGCAGCAUCCUCUGCAUCCUCUCGCUAUGUAUGACCAGCCUCGCAAACCAAUACUACCAGAUCUUUCUCGCGCAGGGCCUGGGUUUCGGCAUGGGUGCCGGUGGGGUCUUUACGUCUGCAAUGGUCUGCGUCGGACAAUGGUUUAGUAGACGGCGUGGACUUGCGAUUGGAAUUGCGAGUUGUGGUGCUAGUGUGGGUGGGGUUAUUUUUCCGGUGUUUUUGGAGAGGGUUAUACUGGCAAAGGGGUUUUAUGCGGCUGUUAGGUGGACAGCUUUGGUUGUGGGAGUGCUUUUGGGGGGGGCUUGUUGGUUUAUAAAGGGGAGGUUGCCGAGGAAAGUGUGGAGGUGGGAGGGGAGGUGGUUUGAUGGGGGGUUGUUUGGGGAGAGGCAGUUUGCUUGGUAUACUUUUGGGGCUUAUUUUGUUAUGUGGGGUCUUUGGGGACCGUUUGAUUUCCUGUCCAGCAUGGCUGAGGCUAAAGGAUUCUCGUCGACGUUGUCUUUUUAUUUGAUAUCGAUGAUGAAUGCAACCUCCAUAUUUGGUCGAAUCAUCCCACCAUAUCUAGCUGAUCACAUCGGCCAUUUCAACGUAUUGACUACAUGCGCCCUGCUAACGGGUGGUUCAACGCUUUUUCUCUGGCUCCCAUUCAACUACCAUCCCUCACAUGCAGGGAUCAUUGCAUUCGCGCUCGCGUACGGGUUCGUUAGCGGGGCUGUGGUAUCUUUGCUCAUGCCCUGUGUUGCAAAGACGGGCAGUCUAGAAACCCUCGGCCAGCGCUUUGGAACGUUCCAGAUGGUUAUUUCAGUCAGGUGGGUCCGGAUUCUUCUUAUUUAG